CUAAUUCACUGACUUCCGCUGGCUUCGAUGAUGAAAUGCUACAUUUUUUAAAGAAAAGCCUAAAAAUUUAUUUGAAAUCAAUUAAUUUUUUUAUACUUUAGUCCGUUUUCACCUUGUAAUUUUUAAAAUUAUUUUUAUUUAUGUUUAUUUUUGUAGAAGCAUGCGCAUUCUCGCGCAAGAAUAUACCUCACGAACAACUUCUCAAUCGCCGCGCGGGACUGCUUCAUUUUUAUGUUUACACGCCUAGAAGUUUAGACUGAAUGAAUGCAACGACAACAAAAAGUCACAUUUGACCAUGGCGUUUACUUAAUAAUCUGUAUCACCUUUUAACAACAAUAAAGUAUCGAUUUCAUAAGAAAGGUACCCGUUUGAAGAUGUCGGACUCUUGCUGCUCUGAACCUGCUGGAGCCAUCAAAGCCAUAGACAAGCACUCAGUGCAUCAGAUCUGCUCGGGUCAGGUGGUGCUCAGUUUAGCCACAGCUGUCAAAGAGCUGGUGGAGAACAGCGUGGAUGCAGGAGCCACAAAUAUUGACAUCAAGCUACGGGAUUGUGGAGUUGAACAAAUUGAAGUGUCCGAUAACGGCAAAGGAGUGAAGGAAGCUAACUUUGAAGGGCUGACGUUGAAGCAUCACACAUCAAAGCUGAGGGAUUUCUCCGACUUGAUCCACGUGGAAACGUUUGGCUUCAGGGGGGAAGCCCUCAGCUCUUUGUGUGCGCUGAGCGACCUCAGUGUGAUCACCUGCCACGAGUCCAGCCAGGUUGGCACCAAGCUGGUGUUCGACCACAAAGGCCAGCUUGUGCAGAAGUCUCCUCAUCCUCGGCAGCAGGGCACCACGGUCGCCCUGCAGCAGCUCUUCCACACUCUGCCUGUUCGACACAAGGAGUUCCAGCGCAACAUCAAGAAAGAGUAUGCUAAGAUGAUCCAUGUCCUGCAGGCGUACUGCAUCAUCUCUGCAGGUGUGCGCCUCACUUGUUCCAAUCAAAGUGGGCGGGGAAAACGCGUCACGGUCCUCAGCACCAGCGGGAGCCAAAGUAUGCGGGAAAACAUCGGCGCCAUAUUUGGACCAAAGCAGCUCCAGAGUCUUCUUCCUUUUCAACAAACGUCUCCUUCAGAAAACGUCCUUGAAGAGUACGGGCUGAAGGAGGCAGAGCUCCCUGAGCAGCUCUUCAGCAUCGCCGGCUUCAUUUCUCGCAGUGACCACGGCGUUGGAAGGAGCGCCACAGACAGGCAGUUCUUUUUCAUCAACAACCGCCCAUGUGACCCCCUGAAAAUCACUAAAGUUGUGAAUGAAGUUUAUCACUCGUAUAACCGACAUCAGUAUCCAUUUGUUGCCUUAAACAUCGCUGUUGCCUCAGAGUGUGUGGAUGUGAAUGUAACUCCAGACAAACGCCAGAUCUUUCUUCAGGAGGAGAAAGUCUUGCUGGCGACUCUUAAGACUUCUCUAAUCAACAUGUAUGAAGCUGGAGUCAACAAGAUCAGUCUGAAUCUGCCUUUUCCCAAGUCCACGUCUUCUACAUCCGGACAAGUCUGUUCGUCUGAGAACAGAGAGUCCGUGGAACCAUCGAGUCCCUUCCCGGGGUCGUCCAUGAACCUGGCUGCUCUCAAAGCCGCCUUUUCCAGCAGCAGCAGUUUUGAGAAAAGGUCCAGCAAGGAUCCUGACAGCGGUCCGACCCAGAAAACCCUGCGCUGUUUCUUCAAGGACGCUGGAAAACCCGCUUCCGGUCCGAUUCGGAGGCCUCCUUCAAAGAAUCGAACGGAGAAGCUAGAAGCGGUGGGAAGCCAGGUCUUAGAAGAUCGUCGACCCGGAAGGAUGUCCUGCACUGAUGCAGAUUCUGACGGGGACAGUUCCUGUGACUUUAUAGCAAAUUUUCCGAGUUCUGAGAAUAAAGCAGCUGAAGAUAGCAGCGCUGUGACAGAGUUUGUAUCUUGUCCUGGAGAACCAGAUGAACAGAUGGGAGCCUGUUCAUCAAAUCAAGACAGACCAGUGAGUCCAGAGGCUAAAAAAGCCAGGAGAGAGGAACCAGACUUCGCAGCAGAACGGAAAUCGGACAGUUUUUUAAGCUCCACUGAAGAGUCGUCUGCCACAGCGGAUACACCGGUGUGUCUGCAGAAAACGACGGCGCCUCUGCAGUUUUCUUUACAAGAGCUUAUGGGAAAUCUGAAGCUGCUGCAGGAGCAGCGGAGGAAAAGCGACGGGCUGCAGUACCGGCGCUUCAGAGCCAAAAUCAACCCUGGAGAGAACCAAAGUGCAGAGGAGGAACUCAGAAAGGAGAUCAGCAAAGAUAUGUUCAAAGAAAUGAAGAUCAUCGGCCAGUUCAACCUGGGCUUCAUCAUCACCAAGCUGAAUUCUGACAUCUUCAUUAUCGACCAGCACGCCACAGACGAGAAGUACAACUUUGAGAUGCUGCAGCAGCACACUCUGCUGCAAGGCCAGAAGCUCAUCGCCCCUCAGAAGCUUCACCUCACCGCCAUCAGCGAGAACGUGCUCAUGGAGAACAUCGAGGUUUUCCGGAAGAACGGCUUUGAGUUUCUCAUCGACGAGGACGCUCAGGUCAUGGAGAGGGUGAGGCUGGUGUCGCUGCCGACCAGUAAAAACUGGACGUUUGGUCCCGCUGACAUCGAGGAGCUGAUCUUCAUGCUGAGCGACAGCCCGGGAGUCAUGUGCCGCCCGUCCAGGGUCAGGCAGAUGUUUGCUUCCAGAGCCUGUCGCAAGUCUGUUAUGAUUGGCACCGCUCUCAGUGUGAGCGAGAUGAAGAAACUGGUGGUUCACAUGGGGGAGAUCGAGCAUCCGUGGAACUGUCCACAUGGCCGUCCAACCAUGAGACACCUCGCCAACCUGGACAUCAUCUCACAGGACUGAUGCUGUAAAAGACAACCCGUUUUAGGGAAUUUCGUCUCGCACCGGCUCACCGGAAUGCGGCUCAACCCAAGUUUAUGUGUUUAAAACGCUAACCUACUUGUUGUGUCUUUUUAUAAUUUUGUAUUUUGUGCAAAUCUUUGUUAAAAAUCUAUUUUUUAAUUUUCUUUUUGAAUAAAUAUAGUAUAUAAAAAUGUGCAAAAAUUGUAUUUUUACACUACAAUAUGCAAACUGUAUCAAUGCUGAUCAGAAAAAAUGAACU